GGGAGCGGCGGCGGCGGCGGCGGCGGCGGCAUUGUGCGCGCACCAGCAGCCCGGCCCGGGAGGAGCAGGACGCGCCGGGGCCGCCUCCUCCCGCACGGACCCAUGAACCAGCCGGGCGGCGCGGCGGCUCCGCAGGCUGACGGAGCCAGUGCAGCUGGAAGGAAAAGCACUGCAAGCAGGGAGCGCUUGAAGCGCAGCCAGAAGAACACCAAGGUGGAGGGUCCAGAGCCGGUGCCGGCUGAGGCCUCGCUGAGUGCCGAGCAGGGGACGAUGACGGAGGUGAAGGUGAAGACAGAGCUGCCCGAUGACUACAUCCAGGAGGUGAUCUGGCAGGGCGAGGCCAAGGAGGAGAAGAAGGCGGUUGGCAAGGAUGGGACCGGCGACGUGCCUGCCGAGAUCUGCGUGGUGAUCGGUGGUGUCCGCAACCAGCAGACCCUUGAUGGAAAAGCGCCCGAAGGCAGCCCCCACGGUGGAUCUGUGCGGAGCCGGUAUUCAGGGACCUGGAUUUUUGACCAAGCAUUGAGAUAUGCAUCUGGGUCCUAUGAGUGUGGAAUCUGCGGCAAGAAGUACAAGUACUACAACUGCUUCCAGACCCAUGUGCGGGCACACCGAGACACUGAAGCCACCUCGGGGGAGGGAGCCUCCCAAAGCAACAAUUUCAGGUACACGUGUGACAUCUGCGGGAAGAAGUACAAGUACUACAGCUGUUUCCAAGAGCACCGAGACCUGCACGCAGUGGAUGUGUUUAGCGUGGAAGGGGCCCCUGAGAACCGGGCAGACCCCUUCGACCAAGGUGUCGUGGCCACUGACGAGGUGAAGGAGGAGCCCCCGGAACCGUUCCAGAAAAUCGGGCCAAAAACUGGCAAUUACACGUGUGAAUUCUGCGGGAAGCAGUACAAGUACUACACGCCCUACCAGGAGCACGUGGCCUUGCACGCCCCCAUCAGUACUGCCCCCGGGUGGGAGCCGCCGGACGAUCCAGACACGGGCUCUGAGUGUUCACAUCCAGAGGUCUCCCCGUCUCCACGCUUCGUGGCAGCGAAGACCCAGACGAACCAGUCGGGGAAAAAAGCUCCGGCCUCCGUGGUCCGAUGCGCCACCCUCUUACACCGCACCCCUCCAGCCACCCAAACCCAGACGUUCCGCACUCCAAAUUCGGGAUCUCCGGCAAGCAAGGCAACUGCAGCAGAAAGCGCUUUCAGUCGGAGAGUAGAAGGCAAAGCACAAAACCACUUUGAGGAGACGAACAGCAGCUCGCAGAACUCCAGCGAACCCUACACCUGCGGCGCCUGCGGGAUCCAGUUCCAGUUCUACAACAACCUGUUGGAGCACAUGCAGUCCCAUGCAGCUGACAAUGAAAACAACAUCGCCUCCAACCAGUCCCGAUCGCCACCCGCUGUUGUGGAAGAGAAGUGGAAACCGCAGGCCCAGAGGAACAGUGCCAAUAACACCACUACUAGUGGUUUAACCCCCAACAGCAUGAUCCCCGAGAAGGAGCGGCAGAACAUCGCAGAGCGGCUGCUGCGGGUCAUGUGCGCCGACCUGGGUGCGCUGAGCGUGGUCAGCGGGAAGGAGUUCCUCAAGUUGGCCCAGACCUUGGUGGACAGUGGCGCCCGCUACGGGGCCUUCUCGGUCACCGAGAUCCUGGGCAACUUCAACACGCUGGCGCUGAAGCACCUGCCACGCAUGUACAACCAGGUGAAGGUGAAGGUGACCUGUGCCUUGGGCAGCAAUGCCUGCCUGGGCAUCGGCGUCACCUGCCACUCGCAGAGCGUCGGGCCUGACUCCUGCUACAUCCUCACGGCCUACCAGGCCGAGGGCAACCACAUCAAGAGCUACGUGCUGGGCGUGAAGGGCGCGGACAUCCGUGACAGCGGCGACCUGGUGCACCACUGGGUGCAGAACGUGCUGUCGGAGUUCGUGAUGUCGGAGAUCAGGACCGUGUACGUGACGGACUGCCGGGUGAGCGCGUCCGCCUUCUCCAAGGCCGGCAUGUGCCUUCGCUGCUCAGCCUGUGCCUUGAACUCGGUGGUGCAGAGCGUGCUGAGCAAGCGGACGCUGCAGGCCCGCAGCAUGCACGAGGUCAUCGAGCUGCUCAACGUGUGCGAGGACCUGGCGGGCUCCACGGGCCUCGCCAAGGAGACCUUCGGGUCGCUGGAGGAGACGUCGCCGCCGCCCUGCUGGAACUCGGUGACGGACUCGCUGCUGCUGGUGCACGAGCGCUACGAGCAGAUCUGCGAGUUCUACAGCCGCGCCAAGAAGAUGAACCUCAUCCAGAGCCUCAACAAACACCUGCUGAGCAACCUGGCGGCCAUCCUGACGCCGGUGAAGCAGGCCGUCAUCGAGCUGAGCAACGAGAGCCAGCCCACCCUGCAGCUGGUGCUGCCCACCUACGUCAGGCUGGAGAAGCUGUUCACAGCCAAGGCCAACGACGCGGGCACCGUCAGCAAGCUGUGCCACCUCUUCCUGGAGGCGCUCAAGGAGAACUUCAAAGUACACCCCGCCCACAAGGUGGCCAUGAUCUUGGACCCGCAGCAGAAGCUGCGGCCCGUGCCGCCCUACCAGCACGAGGAGAUCAUCGGCAAGGUGUGCGAGCUCAUCAACGAGGUGAAGGAGUCCUGGACCGAGGAGGCUGACUUCGAGCCCAGCGCCAAGAAGCCCCGCUCCGCCGCCGGCGACAACCCCACAGCUCAGGAAGACGACCGGCUUGGGAAAAACGAAGUGUAUGAUUACCUGCAGGAACCCCUCUUCCAGGCCACCCCCGAUCUCUUCCAGUACUGGUCGUGCGUCACCCAGAAGCACACAAAACUCGCCAAGCUCGCCUUCUGGCUCCUGGCGGUCCCAGCCGUGGGGGCCAGAAGCGGGUGUGUAAAUAUGUGUGAGCAAGCACUUCUAAUCAAAAGGAGGCGACUGCUCAGUCCAGAAGAUAUGAACAAACUCAUGUUUCUGAAAUCCAACAUGCUUUAAGACUUCGGGGAAAAAAAGAAAGAAAGAAAACAAAACAAAAAGCGAAGAGAACAUUAGAAAAAAAAAAAAAAACACACAACACUGUCACAAACAAAGAAAAGGAAUUUAAGUUCUAAACACUGUGGACCUCAUUAUAAAUGCCCCCUGGAAAUGUAAGUGCUUUUCUUCCGUGUUUGCGUGCAUGUGUGUACACACCCACACGUGUGUGCGUGUCUGAACACACAUGCUGUGGUUGUGGGGGUGUGCGGGGCUCUGUGCUCAUCUGCACGGCCAGAGAAGCUCUGCACACGCGUGCGCGCGCACACACAACCCUGGUGCAUGCACACACGCCUGUCCGCGGGUGCGUGUGCAUCGAACUGGGUGUGUCAGGAAAGCUGAGCGAUUGGGAAAGAGGGAGAUGUUCCACCUCCUUUUCUCAGUGAGGGGGCUUUAAAGACUCUGUUUUCAGGUGUGCAGAUUGGUAGAACGCUGAUGUUGUGAAAUGUUCAGGCAGCUGAGAUCUGAAGUGACUUGACGCUCUCUGUCCUUCACCCCCUGGUCCCCCGUCUCCCUCCCUGCCCCCGUCCCAGCCCUCCUGACCUCACUGUACAAACCCUCCCCACCCCACACCCCCCCCCCAGCUGCUCUGCCGUGGAUUCUCCAAACUGCAUCAGACGGACAGUUGCUGCACUGGACUUUGUUUCUCGUUCAUCUUCAGGGCAUUGAGCUGCUGCCUUUGUGACAGCCCCCGGUGUCCCGGGGCAGCCGCCUUAGCAACACACCUAUCUAUCUCCCCAAAUCAGGAAAGGAGACUUUAAAAAUAUAAAGCUGACAUUUUGCUUUAUAAUAUAAGAGAGAAAAAAAAAAAAAGACAUUUUUCAGAAAAGUAUAGACACUGUCUCCACUCCUUAAUAUUUUUUCCUAACAUUUUAGCAGUUUUUUACCUUGUUUCGGGGAUUCGUUUUAUUUCUGCAAAUUUGGUUUAGACUCUGCUAGGAGGCACUGAAUGUCUAUAACUUAUGUUUUUUGGAGUUUUGUUUUUGACUUGCCCCUUUUGUCCCUCAAGUCACACUGUAAACUAGCUCGUCUCAGUGGUAUACUCAGUAUCCUAAGGUUUUGCUUGGCCUUCCCUGCACAGUUCAGUUUUCGUGUAUUUGGGCAGCCGAGACCAAGGUCUUGCUGUUUGGAGACUGGGGUGGGGGAGGAGUCGCAGAUUCCACAGGUGUGGGGUUUGGCAGAAGCCAUAGGGGCAGCGGGUGGCUUAGGAGUCCUGAAUGUAGGUGGGAGAGCCGCCCUCCCGGUCCGCUGCGUCUGGUGCCGCGAAUGUCCGAUUUCUGUACCCAGAGUGCAUUACACUACUCCCACCUCUCUGACCCUCGCAGUGCCGCAGGGACCCCUGAGUCCAUCUGUAAUCAUGUCCGCCACCCCUCAGACCCGCCACGGCCUCUCCUCCCUUCCCAGGACCCCAGGGGUUCUGGGGUCCCCACAUGCGCCGCAGACCUUGCAGGACAGCGGUUGAGCGCGGUGCUGAGUGGGCCAAACAGCUGAAUUGCAAGCAUGGCGAGGCAUUCGGCCGCAUUCAACCUGAUGCUGUGAAAGGUGUCGUUAGGAUUUUCUGUCCUGUGCCCCGGCCAUUGCAAUAUAGGUUCUGCACACACGGUCCGGUGCCGAAAGGGUGCACCCCACUCCCAUCAGGAAAGGGGGGUUCCAUGAGGAUCGACGCUCAACCCCCAUCGCUGCUCCCAGUGGAUAAAGUUCUGGUGGUGUCAUGUGCCCUGGUGGUCCCACACGCCCCAGUGACCGUGGCCGUGGGACAGGGAUGGUUACACUCAGGGCUUCAGGCCGAGCAUGACCACUGUGGGGGGCUGUUUGCGGAGGCACCAUCUGCCAUGCUGGGGGGCGGCAGAGCCAGUUCCACCCCUUCCCAACAGUAAAGCAUUACUCACUGCGAGAUACCUCGACUACCAAAAGCACUGUACUGCAGCCCUCUCCCCCGGUCCGUGGCAGGAGGAGGAGUAAAGUUGUUUUAAAAACUCAAGAAGGCUGAGGAUUGUGGACCCAGAACACUGUCCUGGGGGCCAGGCCUGCACACUUCGCCUCAUGAGAACUGACCCAGCUCUCCCCUCCGGAGUCUUGGACAUGCUGAGAUGGAUCUAACGCCCAUCUCCACGUUCGCUCCAGCAAGCUGUGGUCUCAGGAACCACCACGCCGUUUCCUCUCCUGGACAAUUCUAGGUAUUUCCUCCUGGGGGCCCACCCUCAAAUGAGCCUCCAUCCGCACUAGCAGGAACAGGGCGAAAUCUGAACAGGAACCUAAUGUCACUUCCUGAGAGUAUGGAAACAUCAACAGACUUUUCGAUUGGAUCUUCGGGGCCAUUCCACAGGGUGACCUCGAGGCUGCUGAUGAUUGACAGAUUUCUACAGCAGAAGGGCCCGCCAGCCUCGCUUGACUGCCAGGGAAGGGGCCAUGGCCUGGAGACUUUAACCACGCAAGGAGGAUGGGAGCUGCCCACGCUGUGGGAGCAGAGCCUUGGCGCCCGUCCUCCCCCUACUUGGAGUGGAGCUGUGCUGGGGGUGCCCUGCUCUCAGCCAGUUAAUUAGAAAGUAGGCAUUUCACUUUCUUGCAAGGCCGUCAGAAACCAAGCCCGGGUGUGCAUUUAGAGCACUCACUACUCUCUGUGGAACAUGGGAUGUCAGCCCUCCAGAAAGGCAGAGUCAGUCAUAUUAAACUCUAGGAAUCUGGUCAUAGGUUGUCACCUCCUGUCCCAUUCUUCCUUUCCACCUCAGUUCAGUGCUUAAGGUUGGGCUUGCCUCGCAGGUUCCGUGUGAUGCCACUGGGUACUCAGAAAGCUGUCUUCUGGGGCUGCCUGGUCCAGAGAACGGAGUGGCAGUGGUCAUUUCUCUAUUGCAGCCUCUGGGUCCCCAGAAACUGACGUUGCCAACAGGAAAGGCUGUACCAAGGUGCCCUCUCAGUCUGCUUCUCACGCAGGCCACUCUCAUGCAGGUCCUGCUGCAGCGAACAGCUUAAUAGAACCCAAAGAUCUGACAGGUCCAGCCGCCGGCCCCUCGUCUCCAGCAAUAUCCACCUUACCAAAUUCUAGUUCAGCCAAAGGAUUGAGACUGGCUCUUCCAGCUCACCUCCCAGCGCCUGGCCUGGCCUUCGCUUGUGGGAGGAUUUUGUCAUCUGCCCACCCAGUUCUGAGGCCACUGUAGGUCCGUCCACCACAACCCACUGGGGGAUGGGGACCAGGAAGUUGGGCCGUUUCUACCAUGUUCUCAGCAGACCGAGGUAGUUGCCUGCUGACUCGGGUUAGCUCACCUCAAGACAGGUGAUUCCCAGGACAGAAAUGGCCUUUGUUUUGACAUACAGCCACCCAAGAGGGGAGGUGAAGAAAACACGUCUCCACUUGGCAGGUCCUUCCCCCCUUCCCUGAGGUCAGCUUGCUUCACCAGCAAAGCCCAAGCCGAGGACCGCAGCGUCAUGGGGGGUCCCUCGGGCCUGCAGUAGCCCGAGGAGUCUCAGGGCCACCAAGAGCAACGGUGCCAUCCUGGUCACGGGUGGAUGCCCUUGUCUCAGCACUGUUCUGC